AGGGGGGGCGCGGAAGGGAAAAAGAGGCGGGGAGUUCCAAGUGAGGGAGGAGGUUUUCUUUCGCCUCGGCUGCCCGCGCCGAUUAACAGAAGCGGCCGGAGGGGCUUCCUUCCCCUCCCCCCUCCCCAUCGCUCGAGGGCCCCGGGUCCGUCGAGGGGGAAGCGGAGUCGCUGUCACGUCGCGUAAUGAUGUUGGGGUCGCCGGGGCAACAGCCUGGGGGGGCGGGGUCUGGGGCGGCGGCGGCGGCGGCUGCCGGUUCUGCUGCCACUGCAGCCGGCGGGGCCGGCGGCGGCGGCGGAGUGUCCGGCUUCCCGUGCGGCGGAGGCGGCGGCGUGUCGGAGAGGAUCCUGGCGCGCUACGUGCAGGACUACCUGGAGUGCGUCGAGUCGCUGCCGCUGGACAUGCAGAGGCUGGCCUCGCUCCUGCGCGAGAUGGACACGCGCUGCCGGGAAGCGUUAAAAGAAAUCGACGAAGUCUAUGAAAAAUACAAGAGUGAAGAUGAUCCUGCUCAGAAAAAGCGUUUGCAGCAGCAUCUUCAGCGAGCCCUGAUCAACAGUCAAGAGCUUGGUGAUGAGAAAAUCCAAAUAGUCACUCAGAUGCUUGAGUUGGUAGAGAACAGAGCCCGGCAAAUAGAGUCCCAGUCUCAGUGUUUCCAAGAUCUGUCAGAUACAGAGAAGCCCACCGAAAAGUCAAAAGUGGACCCUUGUCUACCAGAAAGAUCUUCACGAAGACCACGUCGACAGCGCACCAGUGAAAGCCGUGAUAUAUGCCAUAUAGCAAAUGGAAUUGAUGAAUAUGAUGACCAGCCCCCUAAAGAAAAGAGAUCCAAAUCCGCUAAGAAAAAGAAACGCUCUAAAGCUAAACAAGAAAGGGAAGCUUCACCAGUAGAUUUUGCAGUAGACCCUAAUGAACCAACUUACUGUCUCUGUGACCAAGUGUCUUACGGGGAAAUGAUAGGGUGUGACAAUGAACUAUGUCCCAUUGAAUGGUUUCAUUUUUCAUGUGUUGGACUUACUUACAAACCGAAGGGGAAAUGGUAUUGUCCUAAGUGCAGAGGAGACAAUGAGAAGACUAUGGAUAAAUGUACAGACAAAUCCAAAAAAGAUAGAAGAUCGAGGUAGUCGAUGCUCUGAAUACAUUGAGAGCUGCGUAGUUUUUAUUAAAAACUGUUUAAUAGGCAGACCCAUAUUUUAGAAUAAUGCAUAAAACUAUGCAAUAUUUUUUACAGUCUGUAGUACUAAUGGAGUAUUAAUCGAUGUUAGUACUUUUGUGCUUUUGAAUAUUCUGCACUAAAAAAACCAAAUUCUUCGAACAGGGUCACAUGGGAGUAGCACAAAGGGGAUUCAAGAGUUCUUGGUCCCUCACUCUUUUUAAUUGCAGAAUUAUGGUGAUGCCUGAUGAGGACGGACUGGAGGGAUAAUCAUGUUAAGACUGGUAUUUUAACAUCUGUUGCAGUUGUAACUUUAGUCCAUUAUAGCUCAUUCUGCUGAGAACACUUUCGUUCUAUGACGCUUUUAGACUUCAGAGUCUUAAAAGAUCAUAUUUAAUUGGGGUUAAUCUAGUGUUACAUUUUAAGUCUUUCGGGGUGAAAAGCCAACAUUCUUCUUUAUUGCUUUCCUUGUGAUUUCUGUAUAUGUCACUAUGUUAAUCUUGUGGUGAUGAGGUUAGAAGCCUUUUUAGGGACGGUAUAUUAAACAAUAAAAUACGAUGGCUAGAAGAGUUCUACUCAGCAUUACAAAGACA